AUGCACCGGCCGAAGAGAGCGCCGCCUGCGCCCAGCUUGCAGGAAUGGCUGCAAGGUCCGGAGCUGGAGGAGUAUCCGACCGCGGUCAAGCUCGUGACCAGUCCGAACUCUCCGCACUACAAAGAGUUCUUGGCAGAAGCUGCCGAGGCAUGGCUAGUCGCCUAUGACAUUCAGUGGACUCCGGACUUCGAGGAGGGCAGUGACAAUCCAGUGGCACUUCUGCAGCUGGCAUUUCCAAGCUCUGGAAAUACGUACGUCUUGCAGCUUCCUCUUCUCGGGAGCUUUCCGAGCAGAGCGAAGCACCUCUUUCAGAGUCCCGCGGUGUUGGCCGUCGGCUUUGCCGCCAAUGCGAUGGACAAGCACAAGCUGGAGAUCUCCGGAGUGCAGGUCGACGAGGACACUUUCAUCGAUGUGCAGCCUUGGUGUGAAGCCGAAAUGGGCGAGAACGCCAGCGUCCGACAGGGCUGGCGAGUGGGUCUCAAGCGGGCGGCAUGCUGCGUACUGGAUUUUGACAUGGACAAGAGCAACACGAUUGCGUCGUCAAACUGGAACCGGCAAGAGCUUACAUCUGCUCAGGUCGAAUAUGCCGCAAUGGAUGUUUGGGUGGCACUGCGGCUCUAUCAGCAGCUUGCCCCAGUUUACGGGACAGCUGAUGAGUCCUCCAAGCGGCCAAAGACAGCCGAAGACUGGGACUUCUGGAGCUGCCGCUCUGUCAGGGCGAUGGCCACUCGCAGAGACAGAUGUGGAGAAGCGGGCCGAAGCGCAUUUGCGUGGAACGGUUUGGCAGCGCUCACCGCAAUCCACCUGCUCCAGCCUGUCAUAGGAACAGUUGUGCCUGCAGCACCGCGGCCGACGGAUUCACAGCCAUGUGCCUGUCCGGACCCAAUCUAUGGUACCGACAUUUGCUACGAGCCCGUCUGCCCGCCUGGAUACUUCAGGUGUUGCGCAACCUGCUAUGAAGCACCGUGCUAUGGGCUGAAGAAAGACCUGCAGCUGUCGUGGCGCGGCAUCUACGAGUGCAUCCUUUGCGAACCUGGCGACUACUGCGAUGGAUGUGACACCUUCGCACAGUGUCCGGACAACACGCAAGCCAAUCGAGAAGGACCUCGUGUCUCCAACGCAGGAUCGACUCGGAUAGCUGACUGCGAGUCGUGCGCGGCAGGGAUGCAGGCGAGCUUUCGCCGUGACAGAUGUGUGGAGUCCUAUUCCCACGUCUGCAACGAGGAAUUUGUUCAGCGUUGUAUCCGAAGCUGCAAGGCCGAGGAGCCCUCGCGGGGCAAAAAGCUGACCCCAUGCGAGCAGAUCAAGUGCGAGGUAUACUGCGCAAAGCAGUGGUCGGACGACUGCCUAGCAGUCGUCGGAGGUCACUGCAGGGACCUCACCACCAUCAAGGACUCCGGAGUCAUUGGAGCGGACGGGAUGGAUGCCCAGGCUGCAGUCAUCGACUGCGACGUCGACUGCAACGGCGCAUCCCAGCUUGGAAUGGCUUGGAUCAUUCUGACGCUCCUGUGCCUCCACCUCUCCUGA